AUCAUCAAUGGUUUUGCCAUCCCUAAGUUCCGCACUUAAAGCGAUAAUUAACAAUUCGUUGCAUUAAUAAAUUUGUAAAAAAUGUCAAACGCGACGUGCAUUAAGGACGAAGAUAAUGCCGAAGAACCUCCAUCACCGGAAGUAAUAGAGGUGCCCGACCGUGAAGAUGAUCAGGAUAUAUGUGAAUUGGAGCACUUGCGUAAGCUUUUUAUAGGCGGCCUAGCACCCUACACCACGGAGGAGGGCUUGAAAGUGUUUUAUGGCCAGUGGGGAAAAGUGGUCGAUGUUGUGGUGAUGCGCGAUGCAACCACAAAGCGUUCGAGGGGAUUUGGCUUUAUAACCUAUACAAAGUCCACUAUGGUCGACAAGGCGCAAGAGAAUCGCCCACACGUCAUCGACGGCAAAACGGUGGAGGCAAAACGAGCUCUGCCCCGGCCCGAACGCGAAUCACGCGAGACUAAUAUAUCGGUGAAGAAGCUAUUUGUGGGUGGCCUGAAGGACAACCACGACGAGGAGUGCCUACGAGAGUAUUUUGUCCAGUUCGGUCAUGUGGUCUCUGUAAAGUUGCUAACCGACAAGACCACAGGCAAGCGUCGAGGCUUUGCCUUCAUAGAGUUUGAUGACUACGAUGCCGUAGACAAGGCCAUACUUCAAAAGCAACAUUCAAUCAAGUACGUUUUGGUGGACGUGAAGAAGUCAAUCUACAAUCUAGAAAAGAAAGACAAACUGCCGCAGGGUGCCCCGUCCAAUGGCAACAACAAGCCACCAAUGCAGCCGCCGCAGCAACAGCAGCAGUCGCAUCAACAACCGCCUCCUGUUCUUAAUGGAAACAUGAACGGGCCACCCGGUGUCGGCUACCGUCCCCCCGUGCCUCCUCCACAGUAUCAGCAUCAACCGCCGCCGCCACCGAUGAAUGCGCCGCCUCCGAAUUACAAUUACUGGGGUCCACCGCCGCCGCCUGCCAUGCAAUACUAUCCGCCGCCUCCUCAGAUGAAUGCUUGGAAUUCCUAUCCGCCAGCUCAAAAUGGCUGGAACGCGCCGCCGCCUCCGCCUCCAGGGGCACAACAAUGGCAUCCACAUCAAUGGAGCUGCCCUCCACCAAUGCAACAGCCGCCACCCACGCCCGGCAUGCCACCCAUGGACCAUCAUCGCAAUGGACCGCCACCCCCAGCGGCCCCGCCCAACUGGAAUAUGCCGCCCAACGCGCCGCCUCCAGUGCCAGGAGCACCUCAGCCACAGGGUCCACCCCCGCCUCAGCAACAACAGCACCCACCACCACCACAGAAUUUUGGCUAUCAGCAAAACUACGGCGGAGGUCCGAUGAAGCAUAACAACGUGAACAUGGCUCGUAUGAAUCCCUAUGCGGCAGCGCCGCCCAACAAUUACCAUAAUGCCCAGCCACCGGCUCCUGGCUAUGCUCCAUAUAAUGCAGCUGUUGCUCCACCGCCUAAUGGUAACACCCCGAUGCCAGGUGUCGGUGGAGGAGGUGUACCCAAGUCGAAUGUGAAUGUAACCAAUGGUUCGGUGGCUACUGGAGCAAGCGCCAAUAGCAAAUAUCGUCGCUAGAUCAAGCAGAUGCCUUUAGACUCGUAAUAAGAUAGUAACUAAAAAACAGAAUACAGACAAAGCAGGACAUCUCUCUAUCUUAUAUAGGACAACUAACUACGGUUUUUACUCUAUACCUAAGCUAUACAGUUUACCAUUAAUAUUUAAUUUACUUUCUAAGGCCUACAUUAAUCUAAAUAUUAAAUAUAAAUAUAAAACUAUUUUAUAUAAUAAUUCUCUAUCAAUGGGAAAUACCUCUCUGAAGUUCCCAAUUUAAUUUCAUUGUAAGAUCUUGCUCUCUUUCACAUUCUAUAUCCAUUUUUAAUGAUAACUAAUUUAGAUUGUUAACGCAUUAAAUAUAUAUAUAAACAACUGAAAAUCAAGUUCAAGCAAUAAAAUACAAAUUAUGUCAGCUUUAGCAUAGUUUUUAGAUGAUCCACAUAUAUACAUGCAUAUGUAUAUGUAUGGUAUUGCCCCAUUGAACGAAUGAUGAAAUGAAGAAAGUUGUUGGCGCUUUAGAGCACGAAUACGUCCAAAAUGAAUUUAAUGAAUUAAUGAUAUGAAAUCAAAUCAAAUUCUGGGACUCUGACUCCCAGCCCCCCCCCAAAAAAAAACAAGAGUUAAUAUCAAAAUGAAAAG